CAGAUAUCCUGCCACAUCAAUUGUUCAAAGGCUGUGGAACCUCGAAUCUUAUCCACGUCAUUCUAGUCCCUUGUACUAAAAUACCAUUUUGAUAUUAGUGCCCAUUAUUUCCUUUUUUCCAACUUCAAACAACUGAAUUGUGGUAAAGUCUGAUCGGUUCCGGAGAUGAAAGUUCUUCACAUUCCAUGCUUAGAUGACAACUAUUCAUAUAUGAUUAUUCAUGAAAGUACUAAGGAAGCUGCAGUGGUGGACCCUGUUGAGCCACAUAAGGUGCUUAGAGUAGCUCAAGAGAACGAAGUUGACCUUAAGUUUGUUCUCACCACUCAUCACCACUGGGAUCAUGCUGGAGGGAAUGAAAAAAUAAAGCAGCUCGUUCCUGGAAUAAAAAUUUACGGUGGAUCAGUUGAUAAUGUGAGGGGUUGUACAGAUAAAGUUGAAAAUGGUGACAAGGUAUCCCUUGGUGCUGACAUCAGUAUCUUAUCUCUGCACACACCAUGCCACACAAAAGGUCAUAUAAGCUACUAUGUUACUGACAAAGAGGGAGAAGAUCCUGCUGUUUUUACUGGGGAUACAAUGUUUAUUGCUGGUUGUGGUAAGUUUUUUGAAGGCACUGCAGAACAAAUGUAUCAAUCUCUGUGUGUCACACUUGGUUCUUUGCCAAAGCCAACUCGGGUAUAUUGUGGUCAUGAGUACACAGUAAAAAAUUUGCAGUUUGCUUUGACAGUCGAACCUGACAACACCAAAAUUGCACAAAAGUUGGCAUGGGCUGAGCAUCAGAGAAGAGUAGGCCUUCCAACUAUUCCAUCAACCAUUCAGGAAGAAUUUGAGAGUAACCCAUUCAUGCGGGUUGAUCUUCCAGAGGUUCAGGAAAAAGUGGGAUGCAAGUCUCCUGUUGAAGCCUUGCGUGAAAUCAGGCAACGAAAGGAUAAUUGGAAGGGCUGAAUAACAUUGCGAGCACAAGUGUAAUGUUUUUUAUGGUUCAUGUUUGUGCAUCUAAUAAGGUGGAAAUAUUACAGGCAAAAUCAAAUUGAACUGUGUGGUGAAAGAGUUCAUUUUCGUUGUAUGUUGCCUUUCAACUUCACAAUCCUGACGUUUAAUUUGGAAUGUAUAUGUGUGAGAGUGUUCGUGGCUUUGCUUGGUUUA